AUGGCCGACGCGCUUGUGCGCGAGCAGAUCAGCGAGUUCUAUGAGACGUUCAAGCUUUUCGAUGAAGACAAGGAUGACAAGCUGUCCUUGAAGGAGUUCGGAACUUUGCUGAGUUCCCUUGGCCAGAACCCGACUGAACAAGAGCUUCAAGACUGGAUUGGUGGAGAUGGGGAGCAUGACACGCGAAUCGACUUCCACACCUUCCUGUCCUUGAUGUCACGGAAGCUCAAGGAGACAGACACAGAAGAGGAGCUCAUUGAGGCCUUUAAGGUGUUUGACCGUGAUCGAGAUGGCUUCAUUUCUGCCAGCGAGUUGCGAACUUCGAUGAUGAACCUGGGGGAAAAGCUCAAUGAUACAGAGGUGGAUGAGAUGAUCCGCGAAGCUGAUCUUGAUGGAGAUGGGCUCAUCAACUACGAUGAGUUCGUAAGGAUGAUGAUGGCAAGCAAGUGA